AUGCAUUUAAUGGUUCAUGCUACACUCACCGGUGUUCCCUCUUGCUUACCCCUCCCCCGCGUCCCUCCCCCCUGCAUGUCUUUUCCUUGCACCACUCUCCCCGUCCCUAUCACCGUUUCCUCCGCCCGCCCAUCUCCCCAUGCCUCUCUUCCCUCCCCCCCUUCCCCUUCCGCUUUCUCCCUCUCUCCUCUUUCUCCCUCUCUCCUCUUUCUCCCUCUCUCCUCUUUCUCCCUCUCUCCUCUUUCUCCCUCUCUCCUCUUUCUCCCACCUCUUUCCGCUUUCUCCCUCUCUCCUCUUUCUCCCACCUCUUUCCGCUUUCUCCCUCUCUCCUCUUUCUCCCACCUCUUUCCGCUUUCCACCUCUCUCCUCUCCCACCCCCAGCUGAUGAACGCGAACGGCAUAGUGGCGCUGCCAGUGGCGGCACCGCCGGGGAAGUGGCUGGGGGCGGGCGGGGCGAACAUCGUGGACGGGGAGAAGCAGUACAUUGGAGUGGUGAGCAUGGCGGACGUGGCAAUGCAUGUGGUGAGGGAGGCAGCGAGGCCAGCAGCGCUCAAGGCGGGGGUGGUGAGCCUCAUCGGCAACUCGCCUGAGGGGCUCUCGCUCUGGGUCGCCUCCACCUCCACGCCCUUAGUGGACGCCAUGGAGCCGCUAAGCAAGGGCAUUCACCGGCUGCUCGUGCGCUGCCCCAUCGCCCCCCCUGCUGCCCCAUCUCCUGCCUAUGCUGCUCCGACUGCCAUGACCUUUGGCCACGCCACCCCUGAGGCACCUGAGACUCAGGGAUCGCCAGCAGCAGAAGGUGGAGCAGAAGCAGCAGACGCAACAGGAGGAGAAGCAGCGGCGGCAGAAGGAGAAGCAGGAACAACAGAGGAAGCAUCAGAUGCGGCUAGGCCGGCCACAGGAGCAGAAUCAGAAGCAGCAGCACCACCCCCGGCUCUCAAGCACUCCUACCACUUUGUCUCCCAGACUGACGUGGCAGCCUUCCUGCUGCUCCACGUGGACGCGCUGGGUGACGUGGCACAGCGCACUGUGGAGCAGCUAGGCCUCGCGGACCCGCUCUUCCCGCCCCUCGCUAUAGUGUCGGGCAUUACAGUCACUGCCGCGCUCAGGCUCAUGCAGCGCGCUGGUGGCGUGAGAGCGGUGGCUGUGGUGGCGGGGAGUGCGGAGGAGGAGGAGCGGAUGGAGGAGGGCGAGGGGUCUGGUGCUGCAUCUGCUGCUGGUGCUGACGUGGCAGGAGGAAGGGGAGGAGGAGGGGGUGGGGCAGGGAGGGGGAGGGAGCGGGGAGAAGCAGGGUGGGUGAGGGGUGGCCGGCUGCUGGGGACUCUGUCAGUGUCGGAUCUAAGAGGCAUGGACGCGGAGACUUUAGCUCAGCUCACAUCCAUGAAGGUGAGGGCUGAUCCAACCUCCUGUGUGCAGAGCAGGUGUGUGUAUGAGGGGGGUGGGGAGCAAUUGCUGGGGACUCUGUCAGUGUCGGAUCUGAGAGGCAUGGAUGCAGAGACUCUAGCUCAGCUUACUUCCAUGAAGGUGCGGGACUUCCUCGCUCACAUGGCGUCGCUCUCCCCCGAGGGUCGGCGCCCGUCCAUCACGUGCCGCAUGGCGGCGCCCCUGGCGGAGGUCAUGGCUCUCGCAGCCACCAACCGCGUGCACCGCGUGUGGGUCACGGGGGAGGACGACGAGCUGCUGGGGGUGGUGUCACUCACUGACGUUAUCUCGGCUUGCAGACGGGCAGGUGGACACCGGUAG